ACGUCAUUUCUUGAGUCACAUGUCACGGAAAGAAGUACGUCUAUCUAGCGUUCCUUGUUAAAAAAAAUCGUAAUAGACUACAAGGACACUAGUCCUAAAAUAAUUAACAUGGGUGGAUCAGAACUACAAGAUACUCGUGCUAACAUGGACGAAGAGCUACUCCGCUUUAUGGACCUUCUCGAGUUACUCGAGAAGAAACGAGCGACACUUAAUUCCCUCAUCGAGCAGGGUUGGUUUUCCAUUACCAAGGCACGGUAUUCCAUGGGAAACAAGCACGUCUCUGCACUUCAGUAUGCCAGUGAAAUGAUGCCACUGGUUUGUGUUCAUACAAAAGCUCUGGAGAAUGGUGAGGUGCAGUUUUUCACUGAGAGACAUAUCCAAAAGAGUAGUGCUGAAUCCUCUGAUGAUCUGUUGCCUGUAGAGGAUAUUGGGCCUCAAGAAGAAGGCCUCAGGCGAAGAAAUAAGACAAAGAAGGACACUCCAGAAAAAAAGGAUACAGUAGUUGCAAAAACUGCUAAAGGUCCUGAAGUGAAUCCUGUUGGAAAAAUAGAUCAGAAUCCUCAACAAGAUCCACUCAAAUGGUUUGGGAUUUUAGUUCCACAACCUUUGAAACAAGCACAAUCAUCAUUCAAGCAAGUGAUAGAGCUCUCUGCUGAGAUCGCAGCCCUCCAGUCUGCUGUUUUGAGAACCAGACAGAAGCUGAGGUUGAGCCUGGCAAAGGAACUAAACUCAGAGGAAAGUCUGGGGAAAUCUGCAAAAGAAAAAUGUCCAAUCAGUGACGUGACUGUUUCAGAACAAAAAGAAUGCAUCCAGCAAAAUAAAAUAGUUGUAUAGGGUGUAUUUCGCAAAACAAUGAUCUGUAGAGUCAUCAUUAAAAGGAAAUCCAAGUGAACUAUUGAUGCUGUAUGCUUUUAUAUAUUUAAUUAGUAAUGAAUUUUCAUUAUACAGUUUUUUUUAAACGUGUUUUGGGGAGAAUUCUAUAAAUACUUUAUUUAACGAGUUUACUCUGACUAAAUGAAACAAGCUGUUUAAUAAAAUUGAGAAUUGUGCCGACAUAAAA